AUGGAGACACUUUCUAUGCCCUCAUUCCACACUGCAAUGAACCGACGGGCUUUUUCGCUGCCUACAAGUGAUGAAUACCUGCCUUCCGACCUCGCCGACACCGAGUGGCACGCCGGCCAUUCGCUCGAGCUCGACUUUGAUCGUCGCGGCGUAGACCACGGCUUGCUAGGCAGCCAUCAGACGUUUGACUUUGGUCAUUUUGGCCAAGAGUCGUUGAGCGGCGAGGGCUCGCACCAUGAGCCGCUGCGCCUCUCUUCGCACCCAAACUUGCCUUCUCCUAGAGAAAGCCCCGCUGAAGAUACCCUCAUUGAAGACUCGACGACAAUGCCUGCCACACACGCCUUUACGAAGACGCUGGACGUCGCUACUUCGCCGCUUAAGCGAUCUUACACAGUUGCGGAUAUUAACAACAUGCACACUCCCCUGCGUAAACAUCGUUACAAUGACAACGACCUGGGUCUGGUUACCCCACUGUCUGCUACUUCUCGCGUUCCUGCGCCCUGGGGCUCAAAGCACGACUUUAUGAGUCCCUUGUCCACCCCUCUGACUACCCCCCUUGCGACGCCAUUGGCCACUCCUCUUCCUCUGAGUGAGUCGGAUGGCGUUAACCCGUUUUAUAUUCCGCCUCAAUGUAUGCGACAGUCAUCGGCGAGCUUUAGUCGUCCUCGCCGGGAAAGCAGCUUUGGCGUUGCCCCUCGCUCGGUUUCUGCGUCUGCUUUGAACUCGUAUGCGUCUACUAGCAAUGACACUGGUGCUGUUGGUGCUGCCGCUGCCGCUGCAGCCGCUGCUGCUGCUGCCGCCGCCGCCUCAGUUGGUUCAAUGACCCCUGUCAUCCACAGCCGCCAGGGCUCUCCUUUCAGCGAUUGCGACCCCCUGGAACCAUUGGGCGGCCACAGCCGAUGUGAUUCUCUUAGUAACAUCGAGGUUAACGAUCUCAGCGAGGAAAAACCCGACAAACCUUUCGGGUGCACACAAUGUAACAAGAGCUUCCGCCGAAUGGAGCACCUGCGACGACACCUCAAGAUCCACACCAAGGAACGGCCAUUUGCCUGCGAGGUUUCUGGCUGCGGCCGUAAAUUUUCCCGCUCCGAUAAUCUCAAGGCCCACCUCAAGACUCACGCCAAACGCACAGGUCGGAACGUGUAUGUGGAGGGCCUCGAGGAGGUGAUGAACAUCUCCAUCAAGCGCCGUCGAACAAUUAUGUGA